AUUAACACAUUUUUAAAUCAAUCAGACUAAACAAACAAACGUGGUGUUUUUAGUUCUUACAUGCUUCAGUGGCAGAUGGUAUGUGUAAAGCCAUGGUUUGUUCAUAGUCCUUAUCGAAGAAAAAAAUCAGUCCAAAUUUUUUUCUACUCUGUAAUGCCACAGUAUAAAAAUGGUACUUUCUUAUUCACCAGAACUGUUUCCUUUGUGGUUUCAGAGCCAGAUCUGUUGAUCGUAAUGACAAAAGUAUGUUUUUACUGCUUUACUCCCAGUACUGUUGAGGCAAAUCAGCAAAGGCCUUGUCUACAUGGGCAUAUGUGUUCAGUAUUAUAUACGGGGUGAAUUUAAACUGAUAUAGUUCUUCGGUUAUAUAGCACACACACACACCUAUGUGAACACUCUAAUUUUGGUAUAAGAGUGGCUUUUUUCUGUUUAAUUUAUGUUGUUUGGGAAUGGGUUUAAACUAAACUAUGUAAGUAUGUAGAACCGGUAAAACUUUCCCAUGUAGGCAAGCCCUAAGAGAACAAGGUGGAUUCUAUUUCUUUUUGGUAAUCAACAAAAUGCUUUAGUAAGUUUCAGUCACUUAUAACUAUACAAAACCACUGAAGGCAACAGGUUGCACGGGUAUCAUGUAGGGCAUACUUUGAAGAGAAGGGGCCUGAUUCUGAUCUCACAUCCAUUAUACAGAGGUGUGAUUCUAUUGAUUUAAUUGAAGUCACUCUUGAUUCACAAUGGUGUAAAUAAAAUUGGAAUCAAGACCAGUGGGUUUGCAUAAGUGUAAUCAAGGGCCUGAUGUAAUUUGAGGAUGAUAGACAUGUAUAGCUAAAGUCUUAAUUUGGCCUGUAGAAGCUUUAUUACUAAUAAUGUGCUAAAAGGAAUGAUCUUAGUUUGACGGUGAUACAUCCCAAAUUGAGUUUUUUGCAAGCCUGUCACAGGUGAAGCAUUCUUACUUAUAAAAUAAGCACAUUUGAUAUAGACAUAAUUGAGAUCAAAUUAUGCCAUUUUUGCAUUUGCUUUUUGGAGUAGAACAGCAUUUCAAGAAAUUCUGAAUUUAAAAAAAAUUACUUUAAACCUUGACUUUUUCAGCAGCCUCUUGGUAUGCAUCAAAAACAGUGGUACUGGCUCUCUUUCAAAUUGAUAAUAUGCUUGACCUCAAAAAACAAACAAACUUUGAAACAAACUUUGUCUGGUAGGAGCAGACAAUGUGGUAUCACAGAAGCAAACUGUGAAGUAUCUUUUUCCAUUUUUCUGAUCACAUAUGCACAAUGUAACAUUUCAGAAUUGUUCUUCAUACACCCAUGCCUGAGGGAGAGAAUGCCCAGGAUUUCUUAGGAGGCAAAUAUUCAUCUCCUGAGGGAGAGUUAGGAUGAGAAGAGGUGAGAUGGGCCUAUUCUCUUGGCUGACUUGUGUGUUUACCUAAAGGAGCAGAGGGAAAAAAGAUAGAAUGAGGCUCAGAAAGAAAUCCCAGAUUCUUAGCUAUGGGAAAAGAAGGAUGCUGAGAUCCACCACAAGGGUGAAGUCAAGUUGCAUGGUAGCUGAAUGUAGAGAGACUUGGGUUGGGGGGAGUGACUGGAAUAUUAUCUGGUAGAUGUGGUUAAGAGAAGGAAAGAAGGAGCACGAGAGAAUGAGCAAAUUUGAAGUAUCUUUGUGUCAGAAUAUGGCCCCUAUAGUCAGAGCCAUCCACAGCUAUAGAAAAGCUGGAACUUCUCCAGACAUUUCUUAACUAGCAGCUGAGAUCUUUAAAUGCUACGUUCUGUUUAAUAACGUGUUUGUUUUUAAAGCAUAAAACUAAAUACCUGGUCAUUUUCCUUUACACAGCCCAUGUCUGCAUGUAUGUCAGAACCCUUUCUGUUAGGUUUUGUAGGUCACCUCAAAGCUAAAGUGGUUUAGAACAGUUGGGGUCUCUGAACUGCUUUGGUUUUAAGGCACUCUUAAGGGCUCCUUAACAGCUGAAGGCCACCUCAGUUAAGGCAGCGUUGCUGAAAUGAUAGCAGUGCUUUUCUCUACCCGGCUUUCAUCUCUUCAAAAAAAGAAAGAGGCAAGCAUUCAAGUCAGGAAAUAUGAAAGGAUCAAGUGAACAUGCUGUAGAAAUGUCCAUGUUGCACAUCUGUCAUAUAUUUUAUUCCUCUUUAGACAUGAUUCUCUUUAAUAUGCUACUGUGAGGUUCAGCUGGCUCCGUUAACACUUCUGUAGAGAACGUAACUUUCUGGGAUUUCCUUUUUUAUAUGCUGUACUUCUCAGUCUUACCAUUUCAUUUGUAUUAAUUUUCAAUUUAAUUUCACUUUUUGACUGCCUACAAAACUUCUUUUACAUAAAACUCACCGGGAAGAUGGUAAAUAGCAGAAACCCAGUGAAGUGCUGGAGCAUGAUCUCUGAUUAAUCCUGUCUCUGUCAGUGUUAUAAUUAUAAUGGAAAUAUAUUAUACUCAGUGAAAGCAUCCAUACCUGUCCCCAGGCUCCUCUCAUAGAAAAUUCAAAUUUUUAAUCUGAUUUUAUGCAUUAAUUUCCUAUUGCUUUUCUUUUUCCUUUUUUUUUAUUGUUGCAAAGGGAAUAAUUACAAUUCUACAUUAAAAUAAGACUUUCAAGGAGAGUAAUGUAGCUAAGUAGCGGGUACUAGGUCUGAAGUGAAAAUCUGUUUCAACUGUGAUGAGCUCUAGCUUUCAGUUGCAAGUGCAAUGAGUUUCCUGGCUUUAUCUUUGUCCCUGUGAGGCUUUAAACCCACAACAUGCAGAUUGGCAAAAUCAGCAGCCUUUGCUGAGGAAAAGCCUAAGACUAGAUUAAAUAGGGGUUUUGCAGUACAGCAGUUUAGGAUCAAAGAUAAAAGACAUAAUAAGAGGACAUCUCUUCCCAGGUGGGUUCUUCAGUUGUAUACAUACAAAAAUGUAGGAUUCUGCUAUCUUGGAAUGAAUAUUGAACUGAACCAUAAAUACUCAGACAAACUAUCAUAAAUUCUACUAAUCUUGGUACAUAGAGUAAGAACUUUUAAGAUGAAUGUCCCUUAAGACUUCUGCUCCUUUUCCAAACUGCUACCACUGAUAUUCCUAGCGAACUUGUUCUGAUCUCUGGACACAUUUCUACGUUCAGCUGGGAAAGGGCAGAAAAGAAGGGAAUCAAAUAUAAGUUUCAUGUUGACAAGCCAGGGGACACGACUUCCCCACUGAAAUUAGUCCUCUAAAGAUACCAUACAGAUUAAAGUACAAAUCCAGUCUUGAGUCUUUUAACAUAUGCAUCAACCACUUUAGCUAUCUCGAAGUGCAUAAAGAUAUUUGCUGUUAAGACUUUCUUGACAACACAUACUGAAGCCCUCGUGUGUCCCAGAAGACCACGGUUAGAUAGAAAAAAACCUAAACUAAGAUCUACACUUUUAGUGUCAUUCAAAAAAUACAGCCAUCAAAGGUCAGAUUUUUAUUUUAAAAGGUUGACAUUCCUAUCACUCUGAAAUAGAUUAGAUAGAUACAGAAAUCCAUGUCUGAGUAUGAAAAUAAAUCAGGUAUGCAGGGAUAUCUAAGAAAUGGAUUCCCAUUGUGUAACUCAGAAUAGCACUGAAUAGACAAGGUGCAGCAUAUAAAAGAAAGAAGCAAAAUUUCAGAUUGCUGUACAAUAAUUUUGGGAGAUAUAUAACUGCCACCUCCUUCUAAUCAUCCUGGAGAGGCUUCCAAUAGGAAAUAAUCGGGUGAAUCCAUGUAGAGGAUGCAAAACAAAGAGAGCUGUUUAUUCAGUAUAUUUGUAUUCAUAACACCAAUAUAGUAUGGCUCAGAGAAAACACUGCCAGUAACAUGUGACUAAACAGAACACAAGAUAUAGAACAGAUCACUGCUCAGUGAGCUACUUGGAAAAUACAAGAAAAAAAGAUGUGGACAAUGACAAAGUGCUAAAACUACUGUUGUAUACCAAGAAAGAUGUUAAUCUCCCAUUUAGACACUGAAUAAAUAAAUAACGCUGGACUUAUUCUGUACCAAAUUCUCAUGUACUGUGUAUAAAAAUUGCACGCAUACUUGUGGACUGCAGAGUGUAUCAAAUAGCUGUGUGUGUGAUUGCAUUACUACAUCAAGUACUUGAAGUCUACUCAUGAAGAGCACUACAUAUAAGCUAGGUAUUAUUCCACCCACAACCUGCAGACCUAUGUAGGUAUUUUACCUCUGUACUUGCCUGUAAAUAUUGCUGUAAAAGAGAAAUAAAAUAAAGUGAUGAGAGGAACAGUUAGGUUCUUGGUAACACUCCCAGCCUAGGACCACUCAGGCUGAAACAAGGUCUUCUGCUCAUUUGUACAGCUGGCUGGCAGCCUGACUGUUCAACUGUCUUCCUCUGCUUAAGAUGAUAGCCCCAACCCCCUCAGCUAGCAAGUUCUCUACCCCUGCCUAUCACAUCACUCCACAAACAGUUGUUUCUCUUGUCUACUUCCCCAUUCCGGUUCCUUAGUGAGAGAGAGAGAUGAGAAUCCAGUUUCCUGAGACUGUACACAAGCAUCAUCAGCUGGGAUGCUGCUACCUUUGGGCACUGUUCUGUACCAUGGUCAUCAAGGUGAAGUCCUGGGCAGAUGCCUUUGGUGGGGAGAUAUAUUCCAUCAUGACAAAGUAUUCAGGCUCUCUCCUGUUACAGAAGAAGUACAAAGACGUGGAGCCCACUCUGAAGAUCAAGGAGGUGGAUGGCUUGGAGCUGGUGAAGAAGUUCUCAGAGCAGAUGGAGAGCAUGUUGCGCAGAAAAGUAGAAGCUGUUGAGAGGCUGGUGGAAGCAGCGGAAGACGCAGAUCUGAACCAUGAAUUCAACUCCUCGCUGGUGUUUGAUUACUACAACUCUCUCCUGAUUAAUGAGAAGGAUGAGAAUGAUAAUUACGUGGAGCUUGGAGACGAAUUCAUCCUGGAGCCAAACGAGCAUUUCAAUAAUCUGCUGGUGAACACAACGUACAGCGAUGUGCAACUCCCAACCAAUGUCUACAACAAAGACCCUGGCAUAUUGAAUGGAGUUUACAUGUCAGAAGCCUUGAAUCCUAUUUUUGUGGACAAUUUCCAAAGAGACCCAACACUGACCUGGCAGUACUUUGGCAGCUCCACAGGAUUCUUCAGACUUUACCCAGGGAUAAAGUGGAUGCCAGAUGAGAAUGGAGUGAUCUCCUUCGACUGCAGGAAUCGAGGCUGGUACAUCCAGGCAGCCACCUCGCCCAAGGACAUUAUAAUCGUGGUGGACAUCAGUGGGAGCAUGAAGGGUCUGCGGAUGACCAUUGCCAAAUACACCAUCAUCACCAUUUUGGACACUUUAGGGGAAAAUGAUUUUGUCAAUAUUAUUGCAUACAAUGAUUAUGUUCAUUAUGUUGAACCCUGUUUCAAGGGCAUCCUGGUCCAAGCAGACAGAGAUAACAGAGAGCACUUUAAGCAGUUAGUGGAUGAGCUGCAGGCAAAAGGAGUGGGGACCGUCAAUAAAGCCGUGCUGGAAUCCUUCAAAAUCCUGAGGGAGUUCAGAGAGGCUGGGCAAGGAGGCCUGUGUAACCAAGCCAUCAUGCUGAUCACAGACGGAGCGGUGGAGGAUUAUGAAUCUGUGUUUGAAAAGUACAACUGGCCUGAUCGUAAGGUCCGGGUUUUCACUUAUCUCAUUGGAAGGGAAGUCACAUUUGCACAAAAUGUGAAAUGGAUAGCUUGCAACAACAAAGGCUACUACACUCAGAUCUCCACCCUGGCAGAUGUUCAGGAGAAUGUGAUGGAAUAUCUGCAUGUGCUCAGCCGUCCGAUGGUCAUCAAUCACGAUCAUGACAUCAUAUGGACUGAAGCCUACAUGGACAGUGCGCUCUUUGCAUCUCAAGCUCAAAGUCUGCUGCUCAUGACAACAGUAGCUAUGCCAGUCUUCAGCAAAAAGAAUGAAACGAGAUCUCAUGGCAUUCUCCUGGGUGUAGUGGGCUCUGAUGUUCCACUCAGGGAGCUACUGAAACUGGCUCCACGGUAUAAGUUGGGAGUCCAUGGAUAUGCCUUUCUGAACACUAACAACGGUUACAUCCUCUCACAUCCCGACCUCCGACCUUUGUACAAAGAGGGAAAGAAGCUGAAGCCCAAACCAAACUACAACAGUGUGGAUCUCUCUGAAGUGGAGUGGGAAGACCAAGAUGAAAUACUGAGAACAGCAAUGAUCAAUGGAGAAACGGGUUACCUUGCUAUGGACGUGAAGGUCCCUGUGGAUAAAGGGAAACGGGUUCUCUUUCUCACUAAUGAUUAUUUCUUCACUGACAUCAGUAGCACGCCUUUCAGCCUGGGUGUCGUCCUCUCCCGUGGGCAUGGGGAAUACAUCCUGCUGGGGAACACUUCAGUGGAAGAAGGCUUGCACGACCUGCUGCAGCCAGACUUGACCUUAGCUAAUGAAUGGAUUUACUGCAUCACCGAUAUUGAUCCAGAUCACCGGAAGCUCAGCCAGCUGGAGGCCAUGAUCCGCUUCCUCACAGGAGAGGAAUCCGAUCUGGAAUGUGAUGAGGACUUGGUCCAGGAGGUGCUGUUUGAUGCUGUGGUAACUGCGCCAAUGGAGGCCUACUGGACAGCCUUGGCCCUCAACAUGUCUGAUGAGGCUGAGCAGGGGGUCGAGAUGGCAUUUCUGGGCACUCGAGCCGGCCUCAUGAGGAGCCUCCUGUAUGUGGGAUCUGAGAAACUCUCGAACAGGAAGUUCCUGACCCUGGGGGACAAGGAGAGUAUCUUCACCAUGGAUCACUUCCCCCUGUGGUAUCGCCGAGCAGCAGAGCAUCCUCCAGGGAACUUCAUCUACAGCAUCACCUCAGAAGAGGGUUCAGAGGGAGGUGGCAAACCAGAGGUGGUGACAGUGAGCACAUCUGUUGCUGUGACUGUGGAUGGGAAGACAGCUAUUGCUGCAGCUGUGGGCGUGCAAAUUAAGCUGGAAUUACUCCAACGCAAGUUCUGGAUGGCUACACGGCAGCCCAAUGACACUGACUGCAGUGGCGUGGAUGGCCUGUGUCCGCUGAACUGUCAGGAUAAUAAUGUGAACUGCUUCCUCAUUGAUAACAAUGGGUUUAUAUUCAUUUCCAAGAGUUCCACAGAGACCGGAAAAUUUUUUGGUGAAGUGGACGGCUCAGUAAUGACCCAACUGCUAAACAUGGGAAUGUUCAGGCAGGUGACGAUGUACGACUAUCAGGCCAUGUGUAAAAUGCCCUACCAUCAUCACAGCGGUGCCCGGCCUCUGCUCAGUCCCAUUUAUACCUUUUUCGCUGUACUGAAGUGGCUGAUAAGUGAUUUCCUCAUAUUUCUUUUGGAGUUCAAUAUUUGUGACUUCUGGCACUCAGACAACUUGGCAGAUGCCAAGUCCGUCUUCCAUCAUUCUCACAAGCAUAAGAAACAUGAUAUGCUACAGCCAUGCGACACAGAAUACCCUGUCUUCGUGUACGAGACCACCAUCAAAGAGACCAAUGGGCUGAUAGAGUGCGGAGACUGUCAAAAGAUGUUUGUAGCACAGCAGAUUGCCAACAGUAACCUCCUGCUCCUGGUUACAGAUGCUGCCUGUGACUGCAGCAUCUUCCCACCUGUCCUCCUGGAAGCAAAAGAAGUCAAAUAUAACGCUUCGGUGAAGUGCGACAGGAUGCGCUCCCAGAAACUGAGACGGCGGCCAGAUACCUGCCACGCAUUCCAUCCGGAGGAGAACGCUCAGGACUGCGGUGGAGCUGCUGAGAUCUCAGCCUCGCUGACAUUACUCCUUCUAGCGCUGGUGACCUUUGCUGUCCUCCUGCAGUGACAGAGUCUACCACGAUCCUUACAGUUCGCAGAAAUGGUGGAUAAUACAAGGGAGUCCAUUACUUCCCGGGGACAUUCUUAGAGCCAGAGUUGGAGCUGUAGGAGGGGAGGAGCCCACGAUGUAGGCACAUUGAGACUUCCUGUGGACUUGUGGGGACAAGGCAUUAGAGACCCCUCACAUAUUGGCCUGUCUCUCUAACAAAAGGCGUAUAGUUCAGUUUUGUGUUUACAAUGGAAGCUAUUUCUUCCGAAAGAACUUGCAGCUUGAGUCCUGGCCACCAGGGCUGAGGAUCAAAUGGGAUUAACUGUCUAUGCAAUAAACACUGGAUUGGCUAUUCCCAGCUCUGGAGACAUUACCUGACAGAUCAGAGGAGCUCAUGAGGGAUGUGAAGGCUCCAGGAACAUCUGAUACCAUCUUCCUGUGGCUGGUUCUGCCCCCUUCUGGCCUGGCACCUCACUUACACUUGCCUCUGCUGGUGAUGGAGUCCAUGCAGAUGCCAUGGGGAUUUCACCAGUGCUAUCCACUACGUAGCAGAGCUCUCCAUAAUGUAAUCUGCCUUGCUGCACCACACCAGGCUGAUUUACUACUGCAUAGGAUGGUUUGAACUGGGCACACAUUGCCCUUCAGGAACAGCUGGGGUUUAGAUAUGGAAUUUUAUUUACUGAACAUGUUGCUCACUGGGAUCAAGGAUUUUCAGCACCUUGGAUUCCUGGUGGUUAUGGGGCACAGGGAAAGUCCGUGAAGAACAGAGUUAGGUAUAAACUGCAGGGCAGGGCAGCAGUAAGGAAAAAUACCUCAGUGAGGCUCUGCACAAGGAGGUGGUUCCCCAACAUAGGGAGGUUCCUAGAGACCAGAUUCCCCACAUCAGUGUUAUACAAUUCGUAACCUGGAGUGCACUAUCUUAAAAGGAGAUCUGAGCCGAGGAAACAGAACAACUUGGCUAGUUAUACUUAUUUCAGCAGAAACUGCCAUAGAGCUUUGGUCCCCAGAACUGACUUCUCUUAAAAAGUGAUUGAGCAUCCUGGAAAUUCUAACAAGCCUGCAUACAAAAGGGAAAGGCACCUGUCUGUUAAAAACAAAAUGAAAUAGCCCCUCCAGUCGUAGGACCUACGUACAAAAAGAACAAAGGAGAAGAAGAGGAAGUGGGGUUUGUGCUGCCGUCUGCUUUCUCUGCAGAAGCAGCUAAGAACGAAGCACUCGGAGCUCCGCUGUCCUAAUCAGUUGCUGAGGCCACAGGCUGGGCUAGAGACAGUGGCAGUCCCCCACUAAUGAUUCUGGUUGCUCCCAGCUGCCAGGCCAUGUUUUCAGGCAUUACAAACAAUGACCAGGGAAGAGGAAACAAGGUCUCUUUUUUCCCCUCUUUUUUCUUUUUUCUUCUUUUUUUAAAUGAAGUGCUUGCCAUUGUCUCUUUAAAAACAAAGAUAUGGCAUAUUUUAAACAGAUAUUUAAGGUGUAUUCUGUUAUACUUGGGACUGAUCUCAGCCUUGUAACUCCAAGCAACCCCAAGCCACUGGUCGUGAUUACAGCCAUGGCAGAGUCUAUGGCCUGGCGGCAACUGUGUCAUGCAACCCCUACAGUGCAUUGGCAGCUUGCCAGGAGCUCAAGGGUUGGCCCUGAUUUGCCUAAAAUGGAGCAGAUGGCAGGUGACUUAAUUAGUAAUACAGACAUGGAGACUACAUCUCCCAGCAUGCAGUACUGUCAACUGCGCCAAGUUCUGUCGGGGCCUCUGAGUGCUGCCAUAAUACCAAUAAAACAUGAAUAAUAAAACAAUAAUGAGGCAAAAUGAUUAAAGCAUAGUCCAGCAAUGAGCAUUGUUAGUUGUACCAUUUGCUCCCACUUCCCACGGCUCCCCAUUAUUUGCUCUCUCUUGCACCAUCUGUCCCUGAGCCAGCCCCUCCCCCUUUUAAAAAGGGCCAGACUUCCCCAUUGUAGACCUUGGACUGGGCAUGAAGGAAUGACAGAAAGAAAGAAAAAAAGUAGCUAGCCAGGCAAGAGCUGCCAGUGUCUAAAGGAACUGUUGUGACAUUUGGUUUGAGGGGGGUGGGGCAUGGGGGAGAUGGGGACAGAGGCCUCCUGGCCUCUCCUGCCUCUAGCUCCAGGCUCUGUGGGCAGCUCCAGCUGCUUCCCCUGCAGCAAAGACCUCCACCUGCCCUGGCAUGGCAGAGGUGGUGAGGAGCUCGCUCACCUGCCCCCUCUCUGGCCAGAUCCAUCUGCUUCCCCUGCAGAAAGCUCCUUUGGAGUUUUAAUCUAAUGACACUGCAUUUUGCCAUGGUGCAGUUAUAAAUAUUUCACAAGCAUUCCCCCCUUCUCUCUCCCAUAAGGGGGGGAAUGCUUGUGAAUGAUGCUCACACUGAGCAUGCUCUGAGUGAUGGAGGAGGCCCCUGGGGUUUCAAUUACUAACCUGCAGCACCAUUUGGCCAGUGCUGGAUGCUCCUUUGUCUGGGACUCCCUGCUGCCCACAGGGAAAGGAACAUGAUUUAUAGACCCACUGUUAAUGCUGUGACAGCCAGGCUUACUGUGGGGGAGCAAGCCAAGGGAAGCAAGCUAGCCGCAUGAGGCACCAUGUGCAGCCUCACAGAACGCUACACCACUGCACUCUCAAAAAGCCUGAACAAACAGGGUCUUGUGCAAAGCCAGUCCCAGCAGAGUCUACGCUUCCCAGAGCCCUGCUGUCAAUCAGGGAGAAAGACAGAUGCACAGACCAGAGAGGUGUACAGCAAACCUAAGAGUUUAGCCAACAGAGUACCAUGAAGGCUGAUGCCUGUCAAAUUUCUUUGGAAGCACCUACUAAAAGAAAAUGAGGAGAAAUAUGGAUCCAAAUAAGUAGAUAAAGGGAAGAGUGGCCCUAUCUACCCAGUGAUGCUGCUGAUGUGACCUGGGACCAAAGUGCAGAAGUCAGCCUUUUGUACUCCCUGAAGCGGUCAUCGCUAUACAGGCCUGUUUAUGACUAAAGGCUGGUUUCCCUUGAAAGCAGACCUUUGCAUUCCCUUGACUAGUGGCCUAACUGAGCACUGUCUGAUGCUCCUGAUAUUUUUAAUCCUUAGAAGGGUGAAAGGUUUUCUUUUUGACUCUCAAAAGGUGCUCCAAUCAUACACCUACAGCUUCCCCUGUCUGCGACAUAGUGGGAUUUACUGUGCUCCCAAGCUCUGGUUGCUUGCUGGUUUGGCGGGGAUAUCAGCUCUCACGUGGCCCUGGAGUUAAGGGAAAAUGCCCAGAAAAAGCAGCUGCUCCUACGGCCAUCUUCCUCAGCCCUGCACACUUGGCAGCUCAGGCAAAAACAGGACAGAAAAAAACCAAAACAAAUCACAACUGCAGAAGUAAACUAGCAGCUGUGAAAGAAGCCAUUGUUCAGCUCCAGCUGAGUGGCAUUAUGCUGCCACCGUAGCAUGGCAUGAUGAUGCACAGCUGUAAUUUUCUCCUCCUUGUUUAGGGCAGAGGCAACAAUGUCUGUUUGCACACCUGUGCACAUGCACAUGGGGCUGUGGAUCUCAGUUUUUUUUAUGGAGGAGGCAAGAUUUGAGGUGGGAGGGGCAGCUUAUAAUGCCUCUCUCAUUCCAUCAUGACCCAAGAAGGCUUCCCUAUGAAAGUUUCCCCCAGUCCCUGCCCCUUUUGCAGG